CGCGGGACGGUGGUGGUACGCGCGAGAGCUUGGCCGGGCCACGUAGCUGGGCUGAAGACACCGGUGCGCAGGUAUCUCCGCAGCCCGUACCGCACAUCAACAAAUAAUCUCCUAAACAUUUGCACAAAAAGAUUAUUGCCUUUUCUUAAUGCACAUCCGCAAAUGUAGAGAAGCAAGAGAAGUGCGCGUGAAACCCUGAAUCUGUGCAACUCUGAUUGCACGAGAGGGAGGUCGCUCUCGACGGAGGUAAUGCACUGUAAAUGGCUCUUCAAGCAAUACGCAGAAGUUCUUACAGCAGCUCCAUGUCUGGCAUUCAGCUCGUCUUUACCUGCUCUGCAGUUUGAAGACACUGGCACCCUGCAGGGCAGCGGCCUUCAGAGAAACUGAAUCUGUCUAAACCUCACAUACGAACUCGAGAGGAAUUUAGCUUCAAAUGUUCAGCAUCAAAGACACUGAGCCUUGGAUUUUGCAGUUUGAUUUUUAAGCAUAUGGAACAAAACUUGGAACAGAUUGUAUGUCUUUCCGACUGCAUUUGCUACCUUGGACAGCAUGGAUGCUCUCUUUGAAUCAGGUUGACUAUCUGUCGCCUCAUCCCCUCCUUCCUGUCUCUUCAGUAGAAGGAGGGUGGGGGAUUGGUGUGGCGUCCCCUGCCCCUCCUUGUAGAGUAGGCUAGUCUACGUUGGCACCAUAGCAGUUACUCUUUUCCAUUGCCUUGUGCUCCCUCCAACCCCAUCCCUCCAUUCCCUCUUCAUGAAAUCCUGCAAGACUCUCAAGGAAGAGGUUUCAGUCCCUAUCUUUGGCGGGAUGUCACAGGAAGAAGGACGCAGGGCGCCGGUGUCCCAGUCCUAUUUUCCCUCCUCUAACCCAGAUCUGGACCUGACGGGCAAGCUUUAUAAGAGGGAGGUUGGUGGUAAGCCCUAUUCUGUGUUAGUGGACAAUAAAAUGGCAGCCAAGGCAUCCAUGGGAGAUCAGAACAUUGGUCAGUUGCCCGCUCAACAUGUGACUUCACAGCAACAUCAGCAGUAUUUCAGAGAGGGAGGAGCAGGGCAGGAGGUGGGAUCCAAGGGUGGCAACGACUGCACCUCUGACGACACUGAAGAUGAUGACGAUGACGAUGAGGAGGAGGAGGAAGAAGAGGAGGAGGAUGGGGAGGAGGAGGAGAGCUUCAAGCGUGAGCGGAUCAUUGUCGAGGUUAAUCUGAACAACCAGACACUUCAUGUAUCCAAGGGGGACAACAAAACUGGAACCACAGCAGACGCCUCUCAGAGAGCUGUCAGCGACGAUGAUGACGAGGAGGAAGAGGAAGAAGAAGAGGAGGAAGAGGAGGAGGAGGACAGCCUCAAUGAGGAGGAGGAGGAAGACGAUGAGGAAGAUGAGAUUGAGAGUAGAAGAACAAGGGCAAAGCGGGCCCGUCGUGGUACAAGUAGCACAGGAGCUCCCAGCCAGCCACGCAGGAAAAGCCUCAGAACAGCUCUGAGCACUUCCACCGCUGGAAUGACCACCAGGGGCAGACGGAAGCACAUAGAGCCUGCAAAGAGCAAGCGCAGGUCAGCCAGAUCAGCCCCAUCGUCUGCCGGUUCCACAACAGGAGGCAAAGCCGAGGCGGAAGAGAAGGAGAUGCUGGCUUGUGAAAAGUGCCCCCGAGUAUUUAACACGCGCUGGUACCUGGAGAAGCACAUGAAUGUCACUCACAGGCGAAUGCAGAUUUGCGACAAGUGUGGCAAAAAGUUUGUCCUGGAGAGUGAGCUGGCCUUACACCAGCAGACUGACUGUGAGAAGAACAUCCAGUGCGUCUCCUGCAACAAGUCUUUUAAGAAGCUGUGGUCACUGCAUGAGCACAUUAAGAUUGUGCACGGCUAUGCAGAAAAGAAGUUCUCAUGUGAAAUCUGUGAGAAGAAGUUCUACACUAUGGCUCACGUCCGUAAGCACAUGGUUGCUCACACUAAGGACAUGCCGUUUACCUGUGAGACGUGUGGAAAGUCGUUCAAACGCAGCAUGUCUUUAAAAGUCCACUCGCUCCAGCAUUCUGGAGAGAAGCCCUUCCGUUGUGAGAACUGUGACGAGCGGUUCCAAUACAAGUACCAGCUGCGCUCCCACAUGAGCAUUCACAUCGGACACAAGCAGUUCAUGUGCCAGUGGUGUGGCAAAGACUUCAACAUGAAACAGUAUUUUGAUGAGCACAUGAAAACACACACAGGAGAGAAGCCCUUCAUUUGUGAGAUCUGCGGGAAGAGCUUCACCAGCCGACCCAACAUGAAGCGCCACCGCCGUACCCACACGGGAGAGAAGCCCUAUCCCUGCGAGGUGUGCGGCCAGCGCUUCCGCUUCUCCAACAUGCUCAAAGCACACAAAGAGAAGUGUUUCCGGGUCACCAGCCCUGUGGUCCUGCAGACCAGCGGCCCACCUGUGCCUGUCCGCAUCUUUGCCAACACCUUCUCUUCCUCCAUCUCUGGUCCCAGUCCCUUGGCUGCGACCCCGGCCACCACCUCAGCACCUCUGGGCCUCAACCCGACAGGAGGGCCAAUGCCUCCACGGGGCCCUGUGGGACACACAUUUUCCCACGUACAGCUCCACUCAAACCCCUCUCACCAUCAUCCCCACCCCCCGCCAGCCCAGCAACACCUCUCAAACACACCCCAACAUGUCCCGCCCCACCCCCACCACCACCUGGCCGUGCCCCCAGUGUCCCACCUGCCCCCUCCCCCAGCCCUUUUCAAGAGUGAGCCCUUAAACCACUGUGGGCAUGAAGACAGCAGCUACCUGCACCACAUGGCUCCCCCUGACAAGGGCCCCGGAGCCCCGCAGCACCACUGAACUGUGCUCCAGCUCUGCAGGCCCCCACCAAACCGCGCCUUGUUCCUCCUUUUCUCAUAGUCCUGCCUCAGUCUCUGCGUUGCUCGGCCCCUGAUGAAAGGGUGCUCCUUUUCAAACAGGGUGAAAUGAUUCAGACCUGUACACCCUCAGUGCGCACAUCCUUUAAGUACGACUCUUACUUAAAUACCCCCCCCCCCCCCCCCCCCGUCAACUGACAAAGAUUUUACAACCUCUAGAAUUUUUUUCUUGAACAUUUUCUUAGGAAAUCUACACAACAGGAUUUCCGUGCGAGUUCUCUCUCUGUACAUCGACGGGUGUAAAGUAUCUCCCUUUCAUCAAAAGCUGCUGAGAGAAGUCGACGUGUGUGUUACCUGUGCUUCAUGGAUCAUCAGGAUCGUUGUCAUUGAACUUUUCUCUUUGUCAAGUCGACUUAUGGUUGCACAUUGACUCUGUGCAGUUCCUCCCCAUAGCAAUACUAAAGCUGUCCUAUUAGUUGUACUGUAGAGCCUCGCCCCACAGAAAUGUUUAAUUAAUAUUGUAACGAUUCUACCUGAGUCUGUCGGAGAGGCAUCAGCAGUAGUGCAAGAUGCAGUGCCAUAGGUUACAGUAAGAAGGGGGGGAUGACUUUUUGUAGGGGACAUUGGAAAUUAAGUUUUUAUUUUUGUUUAAUCUAGACAAAGUCUGAGAUUCACAUCAUGGUUAAAUGGUGCUUUCCAUUCCAGUAUAUACAAUAUUUCUUAAUUUUGCUUUUCUGUUUGAUUUUCGGAAGUGUAAUAUUACAAAAUAACAAUGUAUUGUGUCAGCCUGGCUUUUCUACAAUGGAUUUAAGGUUUGACUGGAUAUGUUGUGAUUUUAAGAGACUCAAAGUAUGCAGGACACACACCCUCACUCUUUACUCAAGCACACUCAAAACACAAAGACCAUCAAAUGGUCACUGAUUUACUCGCUGUGAUCAGUGCAUGCAACCUCAGCUUUCAGAACUGUUGGUCAACAGAUGCUUUUAGAUAACAGAUGACUGUCAAAUACUGCCACUGUGAGGGGCCAGACACAUGGCCCCAUCAGGAUUUACCCCACUUCCCUUCGCUGCUGUCGAAAUGAUACGGGUUACCAUGUAAAAGGUCAUUUGACAAACACACAGUAUAAACACUUUGGACCUUUUUCAUCACAGUUCUUAACAGGCAAUUAUGCAUAUUCCUCUCAGCCUAUAUUCCACGGUUUGGUGUGGGGUGGUGUCGUAAUGUAAAGGUUUGUUUUAUUCAUUUCAUCUUACCGAUGUACUUUGAUCCACACAGGCAAACGUGUGUCUAAACCUGUUGAAUGUUGCCUACGCAGAAUGAUGGCUGAGUCAUUGAUAUGUGGUAUUUUCUUUUCUUUUUUUUAAAUGUUCUCCGAUAAAUUGCUCAGUUUUAAGCUAAUGAAUGGUUCUGCAGUGUAGAUGUACUGUUGGCACAUGAUAGGAAAUGUCAGGAUAAAAGGCAGUGGUCAUACAACUUCUAAUUCUUGUAUAGAUAAACAUACAUGUGAUCAAGUCAGCGUAUGACAUUACAUUUAUUAAUGUAAUAGCCGAUGGUGUGAAUGUUAUUUGUUUAAAAUAAGCAUAAAUGGUAUUUGACGUGUGCGUACGUGCGCAUCGCUCUCUAACCGGUCCGUCUGGUUGUCCCCAGUGCUCUUCUACCAAAAGCUGCUUUUUUGACAGUUUGCCCCCCAAUAUAUGUGCAUUUGGGGACCGGAGAUGGACAACAGCAGUAACUUCCACAUGACCCUCGUUCUCCCACUCUGACGGUGUUCAGUGUGAAGUGGUGAAGCUCAGUAGUUUAGGAUGUACUCUUUUCUUUUCUUUUUUUAAUUGGAGACCUGCAAUUAUCCUGCCAUUUCUGUGGGUCUUGAUACUGCUGCAUUAUUUGCAUAAUAUCAUCCCGUCUCCUCGGGUUCACUGCUGUGCUCCAGCAUUUUUGCAGAAAGAAUCUUUUGUCUUUUUUUUUGUUUUUUGUUUUAAGCCUUUUCAUUUGUGUGUAUUCUCUGCACUUUAGUGCUGCGUGGGUGAGGCGCAGGGAAGGGAGGGACUGACGAUGCAUUGUGGAACAGAGUGCAGUUGUGGCUGCAUGGGAAAAGGGUGGAGGUGAUCAUUUUCAGUGGAUGUUUUUAGGCAAGGAAAGGAGGAGAAGCCCAGGUGGAGGCGGUUAGUGUAGAAGGGACCAUAGCAAGCGAAGGACAUGUCUUUUAUUAAGCGCAUACAUUUAAUUUCCUAUUUUAAAGUAAUACACUUUUGCUCCCCUAAAAGUGAAAGCGAUGUUCCUCCUGCUUUGGCGACUUCACACCAGCUCCUCCCAAGUUAUGUCUGAAAUACAUUCUUCUGUUUUGUUAGUUCAUGGAGUGUCUCUCUCUCCGUCACGUCCUGUUUUGUCUUUGAGCUCUCUGAAAGAUCCUCCUCCUCCUUUCUUUGUUAUAUAGAAUGCACUUUCUACUAAAAUUCUUGGCUAGUUAAGAUAAAAUAACAUUGUAUAUUCUUUAAAGAUGUUUUAAAAAAAAUCAAUAUACUUUUUCCCCCCUUUGUAUUUUUAACCACUUAAUGUAGCAUUGCGUAUUUUAUUAUUGUAUCUGGUACAAAAUGUGCAGCUUUAUAAUGUCCUGGUUUGUCCUUUUUUUUGUAUGUUAUCUGGAGAUUGAGGAGAAGUGGAAGAAGUUGGGCCUUUUUUGAUAAUGUACAUUUAACUGACUGCUAACUUUGAGAAGUAAAAACAAGUAGCCAUGAUUA